AUAAAUAUAAAUCAGUAGAAAAUACAUUCAAUUUAGAUUAAAGUGUUGUUACAUACCACAUAUAUUGAAAGUAGUAACCGAACUGAUUCGAUCAUGAUUCAUUUUCUCUUUGUUCUGUUGUUGGUUGUACAAACAACAGUUUCUUCAUCUGAAUCAAACAAAAAUAGUUUAUUUAAUGUGAAUGAAAAUAUCGACAAUUCAACUUUAGCAGAAUGUGAGACUUGCAUGGCAGGCAUGAGUUUGGUUCAUUACAUUAUUUCGGACAAAUACUGGGUAGAGACUUAUAUGUCUGCAGCAGAGCAAAUAUGUCAGUCUAUUCCAUCAGAAGGUUUCAGAAACACUUGCCUGCUGUAUGUGCAUAAAUAUCUCAAUACAACUUUGAAUGCAAUGGCUAAUGCAGUCAAGCCUGAAUACAUUUGCAAUAUUUUAAAAGCUUGUGGAAAUGAAUCAAUUUCCUUAUUUUCUAGAAAAGUCGAUUUUGAAGAUAGUUUAUUUUGUGAAGCAUGUAAAAUGGGUUAUUUAGGAAUGCAAAGUAUUUUUACUGAAAAAGACCAAAUUAAAGCAAUGAAAUCUUCGAUGAAAAUGAUUUGUGUACUAUUUGCAGCAGAUGAACGACAAUGUAAUAAAGUUCUUCAACAAUAUUUGGAUCAAGCAAUUACUUAUUUCAACCACCGUAGAGCAGACCAAUUUUGUUAUAAGAUUUGCACUUUUCUAAAACUUUUUAAAAAUGUCUACUACUAGCUGAAUGUUACAUGUCAUUGUAAGUUACUUAAUGAACUUCUUGCCGGCUAACAUAUUUCUCUGUCAAUGUUAUAUGAUAACACUUUACAAAAUAUAUUUACUUUGACAUUUGACUGUUUUCUUUUUCUUUGCUUUGGUUAGUAUAUACUUUUAAUGUUGUUACCUGGUGUGAAGUUAUUGGAGUUCGGUGUGCUGAUCUCUAAUUUUCAAAAUUAAAAUAAACCAAAUAUAAAUAUAGU